CGUGAGACAGAGAGCGUGAGACAGAGAGCGUGAGACAGAGAGCGUGAGACAGAGAGAGGACAUCUGAACGUUUUCAACCUGUGAUAACGUAGAAACUGGUCUGUUCUAGGGAGUACACAAACCAAAAGACAUCGGCGCCUGGACUACGAGUCAGACAACCAACUCUUGACCUAACAUCUCCUUUACUGUGGUGGUACAACCUGUGCUUGGAUUACUGCCUGGAACAAGCUUGAGGCGACCUGUUCAGUUCUGGAGCGGCGGGGCUUUUUCGAUUGUGACGUGGCCCUUUAGGUUUGUACGCUGAGUCUGAGGAUGAGCCACCGCCCUGUGUGCUGGCUCUGAGCUGCCCUCCACUGCCCUCCCCCGUGCCUGUGGGACCCUGUGACCAUGCUGGCCAAGCCCCCUGAGCCAGCCAGAGCAGAACCACGACCCGCGCCCAGGUCAGCCAUCCAUUCCAUAGCAGGAUGUCCCAGCCAGAUGCGGUCCCGCUGGGGACCAACGGCUCGGGGGCCGGGGAGGUGGCCGGAGCUCAGCUGCACUGGGCUGCUCUGCUCAUCAUCAUGGUUAUCAUCCCCACCAUCGGGGGCAACAUCCUGGUCAUCUUGGCCGUGUCGCUGGAGAGGAAGCUGCAAAACGCCACCAACUACUUCCUGAUGUCCCUGGCAGUGGCCGACCUGCUGGUGGGACUCCUGGUGAUGCCCAUCGCCCUCAUCACUGUGCUAUACAAUUCCGGGUGGCCUCUUCCGGAGUUCCUCUGCCCAAUCUGGCUCUUCCUGGACGUCCUGUUCUCCACAGCGUCCAUCAUGCACCUGUGUGCCAUCUCACUGGACCGCUACAUAGCCAUCAAGAAACCCAUUCAGCACAGCCAGUAUAAGUCCAGGUCCAAAGCCAUGGCCAAGAUAGCAGUGGUGUGGCUCAUAUCCAUUGGUAUCGCAAUCCCCAUUCCCAUCAAGGGGCUGAGAAACUACCAUCUUCCAAACAAUGUCACCUUUAACAGCAACCACACCUGCCUACUGAAACCAGACAGCUUCCGAGAGUUCAUCAUGUAUGGCUCCAUGACAGCUUUUUUCAUCCCUUUAACCAUCAUGAUGGUCAUCUACCUGCUCACCAUUCAGGUGUUGCGCAAGAAAGCUUUUCUGCUCAGGUCAAAGGUCACCCAGCGCUUCACUCGGCCAACAGUCUCCACAGUCUUCCAGAGGGAGCAGUCCAUGGCCUCUCCCACAACUGAGAAACAUCCAGGAAAUCCCACCCCUCCUACCAACCCCAUGACAAGUGAAGAUAUCCCCAUCCGUCGCAUGUCCACCAUGGGCAAGAAGUCCAUGCAAAACCUGACCAAUGAGCAGCGUGCCUCUAAGGUGCUGGGCAUCGUCUUCCUGCUGUUUGUGGUCAUGUGGUGCCCAUUCUUUAUCACUAACAUCACCUCUGUGCUUUGUGCGAGCUGCAACGUCAAUGUGAUCGGCCGUCUGAUGGAGAUCUUUGUGUGGGUGGGCUACGUGUCAUCUGGUAUCAACCCACUGGUCUACACCCUCUUCAACAAGACUUUCCGCCAGGCCUUUACACGCUACAUCACCUUUAACUACAGCCGCAUCAGUAAUGGGCCAGCCAGCCAUACAAGGGAACAGCAUGGCUGCAGGAAUCUAACACGGAUCUCCUUCCGUUCAUCUGUGGCAGAGAACUCUAAGCUGUUCAUGAAGCGGGGAAUGAAAAACGGCAUCGGGCCAGUGUGCUAUCAGAGUCAACUGAGCCGAAGGCAAGCACCAAUACAGUCCUCUGGCAGCGUUCUACUGGACACCCUGCUCCUUACCGAGAAUGAGGAUUGCAAAUCCGAAGAGCAUGUCAGUUACUUGUAGGCCUUUCGGAAAAUGCAGUCAGCAAAAGGGAAACAAUUAGAACGAGAAAGUCACAUGUAAGAGGCACCCAAGGCUUGAGUUGUAAACUCCCCAGGGGAUUACCUUCCAUGAGCAUCACGUGGAUUAUUUUCUAUUCAAGAAAACAGUGUGCUCUCAGGGGGAAAACAAAAAGGAGACGUCGAUUUCUGUCAAACAACUAAGUAGGCCCUCUGUACAGAGAUAGCUGAACAUUAUGCGUAAAAUGAGACAUCAAACAGGUGUGUUGAGGUGGUUGCCCUCAAUAAAAGAUAAGCUGACAAGGGUCAGGUCGGAUUGUUCCUAAGAAAGCCACACGAGAAAUACAUAAGGAAUGAAGACCUAUGACUGUCUGGAAACUCUCUCAGUGCAUACAAUGUGUAUUCCAAUGCUAAUCCUGUCACCUUGGGCUAUUUAGUUCUCUGCUAUGGACAAUUUCCAUUGAGGAGAUGGCAUUCUUACCUAUUGAGAGGACAAACACUUCACCUUCACACAAUAGUUUAUAAAUACCACCCAUUUUAAUUGCAAUUUUUUGGUAAGUGCUUUUAUGAAUAUUAACAGAUUUAUUGUAUAGUCACAGGUCCUAUUUUCCCAAACUGUUAUAGCAUCCAAAUUGAUUAUUAUAUAUAAAAUGCAAUAAAGACAAAACCUUUGCAAACGGGAAGAUUGUAAAAUACAAAUGUAUAGCCUACAGAUGGAUAUGUAUUUAGCAUAAAAUUCCUGGUUCAUAAAUUGAUA